AAUUACGUCUUGUUCACCCUGUGCCGCUCAUUCAACACUUUGAUGCCCCCUGCGUUCUGUACCAUCUUCAAUUAGCUGUAUAUUUCACUACAACAACAUGACAGACAGUGUGGAACGAUUCGAGCAGCAGGACGCGCUGUCUGAUUUGGAUGAGGCCAUUGAGAUCGAUCGAGCUGCACUCGCACUCUGUCCCCAAGGCCAUCCUGAUCAAUCCAUGUCUCUCUACAACCUUGCCAUCAGCCUCCAUGACAGAUUCAGACAACAGGACGCGCUACCUGACUUGGAUGAGGCCAUCGAGCUCCACCGAGCUGCACUCGCGCUCCGUCCCUCUGACCAUCCUCGUCGAUCCAUGUCUCUUAGCGACCUUGCCAACACCCUUCAUGACAGAUUCAAGCGUCAGGGCGCGCUACCCGACUUGGAUGAGGCCAUCGAACACUAUCGAGCUGCACUCGCGCUCCGUCCCUCUGGCCAUCCUCGUCAAGCCAUGUCUCUCAACGACCUUGCCGACGGCCUUCGUGACAGAUUCGAGCGGCAGGACGCGCUGUCUGACUUAGAUGAAGCCAUCGAGCUCCAUCGAGCUGCACUCGCGCUUCGUCUCUCUGGCCAUCCUCUUCGAGACAUGUCUCUCAACGACCUUGCCAACAUCCUUCAUGACAGAUUCAAGCAUCAAGGCGCGCUACCUGACCUGGAUGAAGCCAUCGAGCUCCAUCGGGCUGCACUCGCGCUCCGUCCCUCUGGCCAUCCUCGUCGAUCCAUGUCUCUCAACGAUCUUGCCAACACCCUUCAUGACAGAUACAAGCAUCAGGGUGCGCCACCUGACUUGGAUGAGGCCAUCGAGCUCGAUCGAGCUGCACUCGCACUCUGUCCCUCGGGCCAUCCUCGUCGAGCCAUAUCUCUCAACAACCUCGCCAUUAGCCUCCAUGGCAGAUCCAAGAAACUGGGCGCACUGUCUGACCUGGAUGAAGCCAUCGAGCUCCAUCGAGCUGCACUCGUGCUCUGUCCCAAAGGCCAUCCUGAUCGAUCCAUGUCCCUCAACGACCUUGCCAACAGCCUUCGAGUCAGAUUCGAGCAACGGGGGGCGCUGUCUGACCUGGAUGAGGCCAUUGAGCUCCAUCUAGCUGCACUCGCACUCCGUCUCCCUGGCCAUCCUGAUCGAGCCAUGUCUCUCAACAACCUUGCCAUCAGCCUCCAUGGCAGAUUCGAGCAACGGGGCGCAUUGUCUGACCUCGAUGAGGCCAUUGAAUUCCAUCGAGCUGCACUCGCGCUCCGUCCACUUGGCCAUCCCAAACGAUCUACGUCUCUCAACAACCUUGCCAGCAGCCUUGAUAACAGAUUCGAACAACGGGGGGCGCUGCCUGACCUGGAUGAGGCCAUUGAGCUCCAUCGAGCUGCACUCGCGCUCCGUCCCCAAGGCCAUCUUGAUCGAUCCACAUCUCUCAACAACCUUGCCGUUGACCUUCGAGCCAGAUUCGAGCAACGAGGGGCGCUGUCUGACCUGUAUGAGGCCAUUGAGCUCCAUCGAGCUGUACUUGCGCUCCGUCCCCCAGGCCAUCCUGAUCGACCAUCGUCUCUCAACAACCUUGCCAUCAGCCUUCAUAACAGAUUCGAGCAACGAGGGGCGCUGUCUGACCUGGAUGAGGCCAUUGAGCUCGAUCGAGCUGCGCUCAUGCUCUAUCCCUCUGGACAUCCUGGUCGAGCCAUGUAUCUUAACAACCUUGCCAUCAGCCUCCAUGACAGAUUCGAGCAACGGGGCGCACUGUCUGACCUGGAUGAAGCCAUCGAGCUCCAUCGAGCUGCACUCGCGCUCCGUCCUCUUGGCCAUCCUGGUCGAUCCAUCUCUCUCAGCAACCUUGCUAACAUCCUUGAUGACAGAUUUAGGCAACGCGGCGCACUGUCUGACCUGAAUGAGGCCAUUGAGCUCCAUCGAGCUGCACUCGCGCUCCGUCUUCUUGGCCAUCCUGAUCGAACCAUCUCUCUCAGCAAACUUGCCAGCAGCCUUCGUAACAGAUUCGAGCAACAGGGGGUGCUGUCUGACCUGGAUGAGGCCAUUGAGCUCCAUCAAGCUGCACUCGCGCUCUGUCCGUUUGGUCAUCCUGAUCGAUUUAUGUCUCUCAACAACCUUGCCGUCGACCUUCGAGCCAGAUUCGAACAACAGGGGGCGCUGUCUGACCUGGAUGAGGCCAUUGAGCUCCAUCGAGCUGCACUCGCGCUCUGUUCCCAAGGCCAUCUUGAUCGAUCCACGUCUCUCAACAACCUUGCCGUCGACCUUCGAGCCAGAUUCGAGCAACAACGGGCGCUGUCUGACCUGGAUGAGGCCAUUGAGCUCCAUCAAGAUGCACUCGCGCUCUGUCCCCCAAGCCAUUUCCUUCGAUCAUCGUCUCUCAACGGCCUUGCCAACAGCCUUCGAGCCAGAUUCGAGCAACGAGGGGGGCUGUCUGACCUGGAUGAGGCCAUUGAGCUCCAUCGAGCUGCACUCGCGCUCCGUCCUCUUGGCCAUCCUGAUCGAUUCAUGUCUCUCAACAACCUUGCCGUCGGCCUUCAAGCCAGAUUCGAGCAAAAGGAGGCGCUGUCUGACCUGGAUGAGGCCAUUGAGCUCCAUCGAGCUGCACUCGCGCUCUGUCCCCUUGGCCAUCUUGGUCGAUCCAUGUCUCUCAACAUCCUUGCCAUCAGCCUUCGAGCCAGAUUCGAGCAACAAGGGGCGCUGUCUGACCUGGAUGAGGCCAUUGAGCUCGAUCAAGCUGCACUCGCACUCCGUCCCCCAAGUCGUAUUCUUCGAUCAUUGUCUCUUAACAACCUUGCCAACAGCCUUCUAGCCAGAUUCGAGCAGCAGAAUGUAUCAUCAGACUUGGAAGAGGCCUUUAGGCUUUAUCUGCAACUCCCUGAAAUAUCUCAUGCAGUCUCGCGCAAGGAUCUUUAUGCUGCACAGUCAUGGGCCGCCUCUGCUGAGCGGCUGAAUCAUCACUCUGCAUUGGUUGCCUAUCAAACCGCAUUGGGGUUCCUUGAUCGGCACGUUGCCGUUUUGUCGCCUUUUUCCCGUCAUUUCGAUGUGAUCAGGGAGGCCACUUCAUCCAUUGCAAUGGAUGCUUUCUCGUGCAGUGUUCGUUGUGGUGCUCUAACCACUGCUGUGGAACUGGUAGAACAAGGUCGUGCAGUAUUCUGGACCCAGUUGGCCCACUUCCGCACACCGCUAGAUGAACUUUCUGUAUCAGGUGGUGCUGGUGAAGCCUUGGCAGAAGAAUUCAAGCAACUCAGCUUUCGUAUUCGUACAGCGUUAGACACACUAGAUGUUGAUGACCGGUCCUCGCAAAUCCGGCAACUCAUAAUUCAAUGGGAUGGUGUCAUCUCCCGCAUCCGCAUGUUACCCGAUUUUUCCCGGUUUCUGCUGCCUCCGCUGUUCUCUGACCUGCAGAAGGCAGGAGAAGAAGGCCCAGUCGUUAUUGUCAACGCAAGCUGUUACAGCUGCGACGCCUUGAUUAUCCUGAGUUCCCAAGAUCCUGUACACGUGUCACUUGACAUCACGCAAGCCGAGGUCUCCGAGUUAACCUCCACAUUUCAGUUCCUUACAUCACAUGCUGGCACUUCUGAUCAUAAUACCGAAUUAUACAAGAUCGUCGGUGUCUUACGCACGCUCUGGAGGCGCAUAGUUGCCCCUAUACUUGAAGUGCUCAGGAAGUUCAUCCCCCGUGGCUCACGCAUUUGGUGGUGUCCUACCGCUGAGUUCACCCUGCUUCCUCUCCAUGCAGCUGGACCUUACGAGCUGAAAAGUCAUAAUUUUUCUCACUUUUAUAUCUCCUCUUACACCCCAACUUUGGGCACCCUCAUUCGCGCAAGACGGCAGGGUUCUCGAGAUGCCUCCGCUCAGCAUUUUGUUGCCAUCGGUCAAGCGCGCCCGGAUGGAGCGAAGGAACUUCGGUGUGUCGCUGCUGAGUUAGAUAUCGUCGCUCAGCGUGUCGCACCCUUUUUGUCCUUUACAUCGCUUGCGGACAGUGAUGCAACAGUCCAUGGAGCAUUGGACACAUUAGGCCAAAAACAGUGGCUUCACCUGGCCUGCCAUGGUAUGCCGAAUCGAGAAGAACCAUUUGAGUCUUCCUUCGCCAUGUACGACGGAUCUUUAAUGAUCAGGGACAUCAUACGAACUCGCUUGCAGGAUCCGGAGUUCGCAUUCUUGUCUGCUUGCCACACUACUGUGGGCGAUAAGAAGAGUCCGAAUGAGGCGAUUCAUCUCGCUGCGGCCAUGCAAUUCUCCGGAUUUCGCAGCGUGAUAGGUUCCAUGUGGUCCGCCGAUGACGAUGUUGUAGGCCAGAUCGUCUCUUGUUUUUAUGACAACCUGGUUGACGAUUCAGGGGAAAUGGACUGCAAGCGUGCUGCAGGGGCAUUGCACAAGGCUGUGAAGAAAUUGCGCAAGCAGAUUCCGUUUGAACAGCAGAUCGCAUUCGUUCACAUAGGUGUUUAGUUUGUUUGUCAAAGACUCGUUCAUUAUUUCCCACUUUUUCUUUCGUAUUUGCAGUGACUGACAUACCCUGUCGGUACUGAAAUUUUGCAUUGGACUCUAACACGUACAGAAUAUUUCUUGUGUAUGUUGCGUGUAUCAUAAAUCCACUACCCCGCUGUAGUUUUCUGAAAAGCGGCUUAGUUCUGUUAACA